AUGCAGGCUGUGCCCUCAGCCCUGGCCGCAGCCAUGGCGGUGCAGGUGGCCCUGUGGCACCACUGCCUGCAGGCCAUCCGCUCGCGGGGGCGCCCGGGCACGGGACUUCAGUGCGCUGAGGACGUGCUGCUCUCGGUGCUGGAACAGGUGCGUGCCCUGGACCCCCGCCUCCUCGUGGACUACUCCCGGGACCUGGAGGCCUUCCAGUUUGCCCUGCGCCCCUUGGAGGUGCCCCAGUGGGUGGACGCAGAGGCCCUCUUGACUGAGGAGGUGAGGACGCAGAGACAGGGCCGGCCUGGAUGCUGCCGCCUGGGCGUCCCCGGGGAAGGGCCCGGCCUGGAGCGGUGGAUGACAGACAAUGUCUUCAACACCCCCGGAGGGCAGCGCCAAGUGCGUGGCCACAUCGUGCCCAACAAGGUCCUGCAGGUCCCCAAGGACCUUCCGGUGGUGGCCAUCGUGCUCUGCACGGCCUCCUCACGCCAGCUCUCCACUGACUACCUGCUCACCAGGCUGCUGCUGGCUGUGCUGGGCUCCCUCCAGGGCCGUCACCUGGACCGCCUCUCCAUCCUGGACCGGCUCAACCACGAGAGCUGGCAAGAAGGCGGCAAGGGCCCUGGCCUGACCCUCGGCCACCUGAAGCCCGGACUGAGCUCCGUGUCCGAGGUGUCCGAGGCCUCCUCCGGGUUCCCAGGAAGUGACACUGCAGCUCAUGAGUGUGGCCAUCGGGCCCAGGGCUGUGGGGCACCUCAGGCCAGCCUCCCCAUCCUGGGGCCAGUAUCCUCGGAGGCCGCCCUGGGCCUGGGUGCAGAUCUCCCAUCAGACCGUGGGGCUGGGCUGCACAGAGUGGGUACUCCAGCCAGCUGGUGCCAGGCCUGGAAGCCCCUCACCAGGCUGCUGGCUGUGCUGGGCUCCCUCCAGGGCCGUCACCUGGACCGCCUCUCCAUCCUGGACCGGCUCAACCACGAGAGCUGGCAAGAAGGCGGCAAGGGCCCUGGCCUGACCCUCGGCCACCUGAAGCCCGGACUGAGCUCCGUGUCCGAGGUGUCCGAGGCCUCCUCCGGGUUCCCAGGAAGUGACACUGCAGCUCAUGAGUGUGGCCAUCGGGCCCAGGGCUGUGGGGCACCUCAGGCCAGCCUCCCCAUCCUGGGGCCAGUAUCCUCGGAGGCCGCCCUGGGCCUGGGUGCAGAUCUCCCAUCAGACCACGGCGAUGCUACGGGCCGCGUGCUCUUCCCGGCGCCCGAGGGGGCGGAGCCGCAGGGCGCCGUGUACCGCCAGCCUGUGGUGCUGCUCUGCUGUCUGGCCACCAGGAACCCGCCCCACUCCCUCUACCCCGAGCGGAAGCUGCCGCAGGACUCCGGCCUGGACCUCAGUGCCCUCUCCCGGCGCGCGGGGCGCUUCGCCGGCCAGCCUGAGGCCUCCCUGCGCAUCUGUGUCACCCACCUGGGCCGCAGCCCCCCGCCCCGAGUCGGCAGCGGGGUCAAGGCCCUCCUGCAGCUGCCCGCCAGUGACCCUGCCUACUGGGUCACUGCCGACUCCGGCGUCCUGCUGGGCGAGUUCCAGGUCUACAUCCAGGAUGAGGACUGGAUCUCGGCCAUGCAGAGCAUCUUCCUGAAGACCGAGACCCAGGGUGCUGAGAACUGCUGA